AUGAUCAAGGGCAGAACUCAAGGCCGGUCCUACGCCUACAGUCGGCUGGGCUUCCCGCCCGGAGACACUUCUCAAGGGUUCAGCUGGAGAAGAUGGUGUCGGUUCCCCUCUCGCUUACCGUUCCUGACCCUGAUGAACCUCACCUUGAUCAUCGGGAAUGCCAUUUUCUACGUGAACAGCCGCACUUGGACGGCUGCGAUGAAGAACUACUGUCCGGACCUACCAGAGUCGCCGCUGAAGACGGGCAUCUACUAUGAGCCGAGUGUCAUGGACAUCUACGCGUACAAUCCUUAUGGCGGCAAUCCACGACCCGAGCUGGAAGAAAGCUGGGAUAAUCUCAUGAGGAAAUCCUUCUUCCGCGGCACGAAAGACGAAAUGAUUCAAUGGGGCGAGUACGGCGACGACUCCAUCGAACUGGAGAACGGAGGUUACCUGGCCUAUCUCCGGGUGUACGGGGAGCUGCACUGCAUGGACUGGCUGAAGCGCCAAUACAGCCGUGAAGACGUGCGGAUUGCGAAGAACAUCACCGAGAAGGACCGCGACCACUGCGUCAACGUCCUGCUACAGGGCGUGCGGUGCCGCGCCGACGUGGCGCUCUCGGGCUGGUUCCUCGGCGCAGACAACGAGCAUAAGCCGCUCAUCAACCGCACGGCGGCCAACCACCUGUGCGUCAACUGGGACAGUGUGGAGAGCUGGCUGGCACCGCGCGCAUUGGAGUUCCGCGACGGGGUGCCAGAGAAGUCGGUGACUCCCGAGGGGCAUGUUGAGGACCAUGCGAUGUUACAGCGCAGUCGAUAUCACUGA